AUGGCCAUGCAGUGUUCCAACACACGUUUUACGCUAAGCUCGUCGUCUGAUUCUCGACUGCGGUCUGCUCAGGUGUGUGAUUAUCGUUGCGGAAGCGGGCGGUAUGGGGACUUUAACUGCGACUGGAGAGGUCUUGGCAGCACAUGCCGACUGUGCUUCAAUGAGUUGCCCGCGGCUCAUCUUGCGGAUGAGUUCGCCAAGGCCCAUGACGGAAGGGUCGUUAUGUGCAACACCCACGAGCCCCCACCACCGAUCGGGUCGUACACGAACAAGGAAGAGGAGAACGGGCACGGCAGCGCUGAUGCCGGCAAUGGCCCGACUUUGGUAGCCCCCGCUCCUCACGAACGCAGCAACAAGGAGAUUAUUUCCGGGAACGAGGAGAGUCAGGGUCCCUCCGCGACGGAAUACAUCGGCACCACCACGCGCGGUCAGAUAUGUGCUUUCAUGCGCGGGUAUUCCCGUCUGCUGCCAAUAACGAAGGUCGCCGUGUCGAGCGUUCUGCACUUCAUGCCGGGAAUGCGGAUCGGGAUCGCAACACACCCAAGUGAUUUUGAAGAAUUCCACAGGUCAGCCGCAAUUUUGGAAAACUGUCUCGAGGAGGUGCACAAGCGAUCGGUUGACCCGGGACGGUCGCACUCGCCCGAGACGUUCGGACACCUUCCUAACGUCACAGUUGGAACUUCGACCAACGUUGAGCAUGGACCUUUGGUCGCGGACUACAUCUGUGGCGAAGCAACACGCUUGAUCUACUACAUGGACGCCGGCGAGAUGCUCAGUCGCACCUUUACGAAGAAGGACACGCACACGGUCAUGGGGGAUCUCAUAGUGUCCCUUGUCAACACGGAUGAAGUCCCCCAAGUGGUCGCAGCCCGUGGAAUGGGCAGCUCGGUUCUUUUAGGGGUAACCACGCCGACAUUUACUUAUGGAAGUGAUCUCAUCCUCCCGGCGGAAACCAAUGCACAGCUCCGAGCUGUGUUGGAAGGUAAUCAGAAGCUGGUGGCACGCACAGACGCUAAGCAUGGCCACUCCGACCGGGUGGAAAGGAUAUACGAGUACUUGGCCGGCGUGGCGAGCACCCACAAGGACUCCGCCACAAUAAAUAUUCCGGAGGUGCUUGCUGCCUUGGCCUAUUCCCGCAGUCCACCUGGUGUGACGUUUGUCAACAUGAACGAAUGGAGUCACCAAAAUCUUUUUUCGGAGGCUUCGAUUUGGGACGUCCCGAUGGUGAAGCCUCGGUUCGGCUGUUCCUUGGAUAGAUCACUGGGAAACCAAGGGUACGACAUGGGAGAGAUAUUCGCCAAAGAGCUCGAAGCUCUCAAGUUGGGGGCAUCGUGUGAGCAAGGCUUUAAAGCAGUUGAGGUGUCGAGCUUGGACGUCAAGGUCAACCGGCAGCUCAGCGUCCAAGGAGCAGAACAGAAGGUGCCGAAGUCGCUCGACUACGAUGUUACGGUUAUGUACCGAACGUUCGUCGGAGAUGCAAAGCUAUUCAACGCUUCGAUCGCCACUGUGAUCGAGCACGUUUCAAGUGCCUUUGAGGUGGUUGUCGUUGUCGUGGAAGCCGACGUCGGGCUUUUCGAGAGCAUCGUCCAACCGUUUCGGAUCGUCGCACCGUUUCCCAUUCGUGUCAUCGGAGAGCCCGAGCUAAUGGACGGUAAACUUCAGCAAAAGUACUCGAAGCUACGGGCUGACUUGUACACGGAAGGGGACUACAUUUUGCACCUGGAUUCGGACGCGGUCGUGUUCCAGGAUGUGUCGUUCGCGCACAUGUUUCAUCUUGGCAAGCCCGUCUUGCCGUUCCGACGAUACGAGAAGAAUCGUCGAUUGGAAGAGUGGACGGAGGCCAUGUGCUGGGAGAGCGGCACAUCUUCCGCCAUCGGGGAAGACGUCAUCCACGACUUCGGCGUCUCGAACAUCCACUUGUACCCACGAUCCAUGUACCCAGCUGCUCGGGAGUUCAUUGAGCAGCACAACGGGAUGCCCUUCGUCGACUUCAUGGCUAGUCGACGCGGGUCUUGCAUGAACCCCGACACCGAAACCGACAGGACACAAGACGAGAGAUCUUUGAUGUUUUCUGACUCCAACUUCAUCGGAGCAUAUUUGUGGUACCACAUGCAUGACGCUGUCCACUGGCUGGCUGUGGAUCCUCGCGACGCUCGACCUGGCGAUUGGCGUCCGGAUCUGAGAAAACUGGAACGGGUCUGCCAGGUCAACCGGCGCUGUGCCCCAGAAGAUCCAGCCUUGCUUGAGCAGUACUUGGCAGACUACAGGACAAUCAAGAGUUUUGAUGAGUGCGAUGCCGUAACUACCAACUUCGCAGCAAUCACAAACCAAAAAUCCGAGUGCAACGGAGAAGGACACCGAGAACGAGUUGAGUGAUCGUUGAGUGACAAUCGUUGAAUUGGCCACCGUGUGCAUCAUAUAGUUGUUUGUUUUUUCUGAUUGAGUUAGUGGCAACCACGGACGAGGGCAGGGUUAGCGUUUGACAUCUCCUUGUCCCAAGUUUAGUGUGUCAGGAAUAUAUUCAGUGUGCCCGUCUCGGCAGAUCCUUCUCCUAUCCGUCUCCGUUCGCUGUCGGCAACGAUGACUGAAAGAUCAGUGGUGGUGGAUCAAAGCACAAGCGAUAUAGAGAGAGUACCCCUGGAGCCCUACAGCAGAGCAGAGCCCACGCCAUUUGGUGCCAGCAUUAUAUAUGAUAUGGAAGGUUGUGGAAGGAAACGGUGUAGGUUGUUAUCGCACGAGGGGUGAAGCGUCGAUCCGCUGCAAUCGGAUUGCUCCGCAGCAUCAUGACUUCAACAAUUAUGCUGUAGUGUACAGUAGGAGGGUCAGAGAUGGCUGUUCUUCGUACGAUAUCGUAUUUAUUCAACAUUGUAACAUUCAUGGUUGUACACCAUGUCAAGUAAAAGUGCGUGCAUCUUUGAACGAGUAUUCGCAGCGUCAAGCAGGCAAAUCCGCUAAGCUGUAGUGUGCUGGUCGCCCCGGUGGUCUAGUGUGUAUCCUCGAAUCCUUCUAGAGGUCAGGUCAGGGGUUCGAAUCCCGGGGUAAGCGAGCUUUUCUUGCAAAGUGAGUUUUUCUCUCGCUUCCGCUUCUGGCCUAGUGGAUAGCGCUAGUUCUUGUGUACACAGAUAGAAGAGAGUGCUGAACUCUUCUCGCAUUCAAAAUCGAAGGCGAAGUACCGCAGGAGGGGAGGGUAGAGAGGGGCGCUUCUGUGUGACCACGGGUUGGAGUAAAAGGCACCAGUGCUGUGAGCGCUGAUUGGAAGUGAAGACAAACCAAAAAAAGUCUUAUGUAGGUCAGUUGGAAGCUGCAGUAUGCAUUUCACCGUUCUUCAGGGAGAGUGAUCACUUGAGGUUGCCAGUAUGUAUGUUGCCGUUGUACCGUGUGUGAUGAAGGUUUUUCGGUAAGUGACUAGCUUUGUACUCUGAACGCGUAUGAUAUUUGUGUGUGUGUGAUUCCAUGUUGUCGAGAAUGAACUUGAAGCGUGGGCGCACGUGCCCCUUCCUCUUCCUCUCUGUUUUCUCCUUGCC